AGACUGUGCAGACCUAAAAAUAUCCUCCGCUAGUGCUGGAUCAACUGGGGCAGCAACACCGACGUGAAUCCCGCCCCGACAUUUAGCCUAAAUCAACUAAUAGGAGGAGCAUGUAGGCAACUAACUCUACAGUGGCGCAAAAGGCCCACGAUAACCACUUUAGAGCAGAGGCGAGUGAGUGGGUCGGGUUUCAGCUGUUCAGCGAGCGCUCUGGUGAUCUUGCAGAGAUAGAAGGCUAGAUAGAGACUGUCGUCUGGGACACUGCAGGACCGCUUUGAAGAUCUUGUCAAAUGGCAACGCUGAACCACAAGGCAAAUGAAUAAAGCUCCCUUUCAAAUCGGACAUGACUGAUUGAUUGAUCUAAAUCUACAGAAUGUCUCAUAAUACUUUGAUAUAGACACUCAUCUGAAUAUAGUAAGGUGGUUGGAGAAGAGGACAGCUGCAACUUGCCCAAGGCAACUCCCCUGUCAAAAGUUAGGUCGCAAGGAUAUAUAUCCCUUACAAUUCGCUUUUCACCUUUCUCCCGAUGAAUGUUGGAAUUUCGUUGUGGAUAAAAAUCUAAUAAACACAACAAACAUGGAAGAAGAUCAAAAGUGGGGAGUUGCUGGUAGAAGUGUAGGCAGGACUUGCAGUGAGCACCCUUGCAAAAAACGCUUUUGGAGGAAUUGGAAAGAUUUGUCAGGUAUAACUGUCGGCAUCUUAUUCUCUGUAUUGUCUCUUGGAUUUUGCAUUCUCGUUUACCUGAGAACCUCGGAGCUUCAGUCCAGGAUCCUAAACUUGGAAAAACAGAGAGAUACGCAGCUCUCCGCGUGGAUCUCACUCGAGCAGGUGGAACCAGUUAUCUUUGGCCGAAUAGAUCAGAUUCUGGAAGAGAAAUUGGCAGCUCGACUUCCCAAAACACGAGAGGCCAGAGAAGCACCCCAUAGCUGCGUCUGUCCACCAGGGCGUCCUGGGUCGAGGGGAAAGAGAGGUCGCAAUGGUGAUCCAGGACCUCCUGGUCCACCCGGACGAUCAGGCUUUCCGGGUGACAAAGGAACAAUGGGAAUUCCUGGAAGAUUGGGGUUAAAAGGAUACGCAGGGGAGAAGGGAGCGCCAGGGGAGCCAGGCCUGUCCAUCAUUGGGCCACGAGGAUCUCCUGGACAGCCAGGAACUAGAGGCUUCCCAGGCUUCCCGGGUCCAAUUGGGUUGGACGGCAAGCCCGGGCAGAACGGCUUGAAAGGAGACUUGGGUCAACGUGGUCCCAAAGGAGUUCCAGGUGAAUCUGGUCAGAAAGGAGAAAAGGGCCUAUGUGGAGACUACAGUCACAGGCAGAUGUUGCCCAUCACCGUGCGCAACAUGCCUCAAAUAAACCCUCUAAUCCUAAAGCGCCUCAAGCAGGGUGAGCCUGGAGCUCAGGGCCCACCAGGACCUCCCGGCCCCUCAGGGACCCCCGGACUGAACGGUGCAAGUGGACCACCGGGUAAACCCGGUGAACCAGGAAAACCUGGAAAAGAUCCAAGGCUCCUGCCAGGGAUGAAGGGUGAGCCAGGCAUGCCAGGAAUAAAGGGUGAUGUUGGCCCUGCUGGUCCCGAAGGCCCCAAGGGACUGAAGGGAGACCUAGGGCUGAGGGGAGAGCCAGGUUUUCCAGGCACUCCUGGAAGAAAGGGUCAAGCUGGUACCCCUGGAACACCUGGUAUUCAUGGAAAGAGGGGCUACAGGGGUGACAAGGGUGACAAGGGUGAACUCAGCGCAGCGGGGACAGGCAUCAAAGGAGAGCCAGGGACACCAGGACUUCCAGGCCUAUCAGGAUUCAAGGGUGACAAAGGCGACCAAGGUGUCAAGGGGGAAGAAGGAUCUGAUGGCCCAGCUGGACCAACAGGUCCUCCAGGUGCAGCAGGGGAGCCAGGAAAAUCAGAAAUCAUCAACAAUGAAAAUGAUAUUCGGAAUGUACCUUUGAUGGGCCCACCUGGACUACCUGGCCCUCAAGGGGGCCCCGGAACACCAGGAACAAAGGGUGAAGUUGGCCUUCCAGGCCCUUCAGGUCUUGACGGAGAGAAGGGUCCUCGGGGGAAGCCUGGAGAGGCAGGUCCUGUUGGCCCAGCCGGCCCUGAAGGCCCCAGAGGGGAGGGGGGCCUGAUGGGUUUCUCCGGAACCAAAGGAGAUAAGGGGGACAUGGGCCCAUCUGGAUCACCUGGUUUAGAUGGCCCUACUGGUGAAAAGGGGGUUUCUGGGCCUCCUGGUCCCAUUGGAUUACCAGGCGCAAUGGGUCAGAAGGGUGAGUCCGGAGAUAAGGGAGGAAUGUCAGACAUGGUAUACGGGCCUCCAGGUCCUCCAGGACCCCAAGGACCAGUUGGCCCUGCUGGACCUGAAGGACUGGGAGGGCCAAAGGGGGAGCCAGGCAUAGGCAUACGGGGAGAGAAGGGAGCAUCUGGUUCGAAAGGCGAUAAAGGGGACAGGGGUCAUCUUGGGCUUCCUGGGGCUCAUGGUUUAGACGGCAGGCCUGGUCCAGUGGGCCUGAUAGGACCAGUUGGUGUGGCAGGGCCAGCAGGACUGAAGGGAGAUAGAGGUUACAAGGGAGAUUCAGGAGUCCCAGGACCAAUUGGGCCUCAAGGCAUCCCUGGUUUAGUAGGACCACAAGGAUUCAAAGGGAACCGGGGAGAGAGGGGCAAGAAAGGCAACAGGGGAACUAAAGGGGAUAAGGGGGACCAAGGAGCACCCGGAUUAGAUGCCCCCUGUCCAUUGGGGGAUGAUGGCUUACCAGUAUCAGGGUGUUGGAAUAAAGGUCAAAAUCCUUUCCAACUGGCCAAGUAGUAGAGGUUCAAGAGAUCUGCUCAACAACGUUUCGCUCAAAGCUGCAGGAUGGAAACUUGAAGGCAUUUGGAGAUAUCGUUGAAUUUUGACCCCACCUGGGGUUGUCAUUUUACUCACAGAUUUUCCAGCCGGCUGAACACAGAGCCAGUAAUAUUGGGGGGCUCCAGUCGCUAGCAGUGAGCAGACUGACUUCAAUAAGACUCAGAAACAAAAGGAUUUCAGUUUCCUUUGCAGUUCUUUGCUGAAGGCUCCUCGGGUUGGACAAGCCAUCAAAGCCACAAAGCGAUAGAGACGCAUUUAUUUGAAAUAUGUGCUUUUCUUUGAGAUGUAUAUCUUUAUUCACUAUGUGAAAGUGAGACAUUCACUUUUUAUAGUGUACAAUUUCCUGUUUUUUAUUUGACACCAACAACUGUGAUUCAAGAAUUCAGAGCAGCUCGCAGAACAGACAGAUGUAAUCUCUCUGUGUUCAUGUGUUUCCAUGACAAACCAAAAAACCAAGGGAAAUGCUUUUGAUGAUUCCUGAUAUCAAACUCACUGCCUUCUCUAAUAUCCUGGGUGUUGCAGGCAUAUAACAUACUGUUUAUGUAGCUAUGUGGCCUGACCUGUGCCCAAGGAAGAACUCUAUUACCAGCAUUUUGUUGGUAUACAUUUAUACAUGUCUAAUAGACGUAUAUUACAUUUAUUCACAUUAUUGUACCGAGAUGUAAAACUCACCAUAUAUCAAUGCUGUAAGAGUAAGUAGUGUACAGUAGGAGAGGGUUCACACACUUUUUUAAAGCGCUCACUCCAUGUUCUUGUAUAUAUAUUAUGUUGAUGUGACAUGGGAGCCUCUCAUUUUAUCCCAAAAUGUUUUUACUCAACAUAGAUACUCUAUUGUUUUAGACUGUCUUAGAUAAUACAUGUCUGCAGUCAUACUGACAACUUUUAAUGAGUAUUUAAGCAAUAAGGCCCAAUGAGGUGUGGUAUAUGACCAAUAUACCAUGGCUAAGGACUGUUCUCACACACAACGCAACGCGGAGCGCCUGGCCAUAGCCCUUAGCUGUGGUAUAUUGGCCAUAUACCACAAACCCCCAAGGUGCCUUAUUGCUAUUAUAAAAUGGUUACCAAUGUAAUUAGAGCAGUAAAAAUACAUGUUUUGUCAUACCCAUGGUAUACGGUCUGAUAUACCACAGCUUUCAGCCAAUCAGCUUUCAAACCACCCAGUUUAUAAUCUGGAAUAACCUGAUUCAUAUCAGUUUGUAAGAGCCAGAGUACCAUAAUCUAAUUUACCCUAAAAUAAGAUUCCUGAGGAAUGCCACACUAAAUGCAAGUCAUCAUGAAUCAAAUUGGGCAGCUAAUUUCAGCAGGAAUAAGUUCAACACCUUUUAUCCUGUCUGUAUGAAUCGGUGGGCUUCGGUGUAACUGUUUGUCCCUUUGAAGUAAAAUAUUAACCAUAAAGAAGGCAGAUUUUUAUUGUGGGCAAAUAUUUAUGUCAAAUGUUGACAUUAUACAGCUCCUCUAAACAUGUGUCAUGAAAAAUUCUACUUUCAUACUGAUGAAAGAAAACCCCUGUUUUUGAAGGUCUUUUGUUUAGGAUUUGUGACGUGUCAUGGCUGGAGGCACAAGACCAGUUUUGAAGCUAUUGGACAGCUGGUAACCGACGUUUAGAACCAUUUUAAAUCCAAUGAAUUGCUUAUUUAGGUCGCCUAUGACAUUUUGACCUUGUGAAACUCAUUUUGAUUUGAGCAGUUGGGGUAAAGGUAUUUUAUUACUUUCUCUUCCAAAAAUGUAGCAACAAUUUCAUAGCAUUCUUGUGUGAAAACGAAGUCCGACGACUGAACUGACAAUAUGUCCAUCUUGUCAACGACUAUGAUAUCUUGUGCCUUUUACUAUGUUUAACACAACAGAAGCAUUCCUUAUGUCAUGUUGACAACUGUCUUCUAACCCUCCUCACACCUCAAAUCAAAAUGCACAUACGAUAAUAAUUUGAAUAUUCAAAGUGGUGAAUACAACACAGGUCCAUAUUCAUAUCCAAAUUGUGUGUUGCAAACCAGGGUCAGUUAUUGUGGUUGUUCUUUAGAUUUGAUAAAGGCCACAUUGACCUAGGCAGGCAGUGAGGGUGAACGAUUGAGACCACUCUAGCAUUACAGACACGAAUUGGUAACAGAAAUGUAGUCUAAAGGCAAAAGGAUCUAACCAUUUUAGAUAACAUUCUGAUAAAAAAAUUUAAAAAAUUAUAGUUAAUUUGUUUGGAAUGUUUGCCUGAGAACUAGGCUUUACUCUGCCCCUGUUGAUUAUGAAUUUGAAUUAACAUGUAAUUACACAUGAACAGCUCCUAUAACACGACUUUUAAUAUAAAAGUGGAUCAAGUCAAGUGCAGUUACUGUAUUAGAGUAAUUACUGUAAAUGCAAAUGAAUGUAAAGUGUUGCCUUAUUGUUUUCUUUAACAAAGGUGCUAAACAAGCAGCCUUCCUCCCAAGGAUGUAAAUCAUUCUGGAAACAUGUUUAUUUAGUGGAGCACUUUCGUGCAAUGACACAUAAUGGAUGUGUAAUUAGGCCAUUUUGAAGGUUUUCAUUUGAUUAUAAAGUGAUUUGGUUCACCUCAAAUCUUUCAAACAAGAGAGUCCAUCGUCCCCAGUAAAAUGUGUCACAUUACCGCCCACAGUCCUUUAUUAAGCUGAGUACUCCUAUGAAGAUAGUAGCUAUAUUCAAAGAAUCAUUCAUUCUCUUGUAAGAAUGUAUUCAAAACACUAUUUCACCUUAGUUCAUUUACUGUAGGGUCGGUCAUCUUUGAAAGUUUGUGUGAAUUUAAUGUCUGCUUUUUCUCACUGAUAUUUUGCACAAUGGCAGUACUCUUUAGUUUUACAAUAUCUUCUCUGGACAUAAUUAUUACAUGUUUGUAUUAUAUUUCUUGGUAUACAUUUCCCAGUUGACUUUGUCUUCAUCUUUUACUGUAUUUAUAUAUGAAGUGUACUCUUCAUGUAAUUAUGCAUACUUCAAAUAUAACUAUUUAACGCAUAAUAUCUUAGAACAUGUCACUCAUGAAAAACACUUAACUGAUGAUAGGUCAUGUGAAGUUAUUUCUGGACCUGAGCACGAAAUGUGGUCCUUUGUGAAUAUGUGUGUUUCUGCUGAAAAACACUUCACAAAAACCCUUCAAUUAUGUCUUCAAUUCAUUCUUGAUUUUAGUCAAAGCCAAUUUACAGUUAAUGCCUUCUCAUGUGAAGAGUACACAGAUUUGUUUGAGGAAUGGUGUUGUAUCCACUGUAAAGUUAUUUGAUUCAUCACUUUAGUCGACAUUACAGAUAUGUUUAUGCCAGUCUAUGAUCAAUGCAUUCUGUUUUGUAUUAAGUGGAUGUAUCACUUCUUGAUGUCAUCACCAUUAUGUGUAUUUAAAGCAGUUUAGGAGAGAUAUAGUUAAGGUCAUAGAAACCAUUUUAGAAGACCGUUAUAGAGUACUGCGUUAUAGUUAACCUGCCAUUGACAUUCAUUGAGUUGUUUUCUUAACUAUCUACUAUGUAGUGUGCUAGGUAGAAAUCAAGAUGUAUAAUAUUAUAAAACCAGUUUGUGUGAUAAUCAGUUUCAGUAGCUAACUGAGAACGGAUAUGAGGGCAUUUAUUUCAAUGCAUUUGAUGUAAAAACCAUCUGCAUGCUGAUAUUUUUGUUUGUAAGCGUUAUUUACUAUUUGACAGCAACAGUGACAUUUUACAAACUUAUGUUCUGUUUCAGCAAAAUACUUAUGGGAAUUUAUUUGAUAUGCCAUUUUCUGCACAAAAUGAGGAAUUAUGUCAGUUAAGUGACCUUUUAUAAUUUCCUCUGCUGUUACAGACUCUUGAAAAUGAAUGAAAUGUAACAUUUGAACAUUGAAUUGAGGUGUCAACAUUUUGUUUCUUGAGAGUCAAUGUGAGUCGUCAGUAAAAAAAAAAGUAAUACAGAGUUAAGGAUGCUGUCUAAGGUGCUGUUUCUUUCUUCCAGAAACUGUUUUUAUAAACCAUAAAUGGCAGCUUUUGUCACUGAUUGCCAAUCAUUAUUUCCCUGUUCAAUACAUUUUGAGGACAUUGUCAAUAAAAAUAAAUUUAAAAAAAGUGAAUUAUUAUCAUUUU